AUGCCAGUGCUCACCACUGAUGCUGAGUCAGAAACAGGUAUCCCAAAAUCCCUUUCUAAUGAGCUUCCCUCAGAAACCAUGGAGGAAAUAGAGCACACAUGUCCUCAGCCUCGACUGACCCUGACUGCACCUGCCCCAUUUGCAGAUGAAACCAGCUGCCAGUGCCAAGCCCCCCAUGAAAAAUUGACCAUUGCUCAGGCCCGCUUGGGAACGCCAGUUGACAGACCUGUUAGAGUGUAUGCAGAUGGAAUAUUCGACCUCUUCCACUCUGGCCAUGCCAGAGCACUUAUGCAAGCUAAAACAUUGUUUCCCAACAGCUACUUGCUGGUAGGAGUUUGCAGUGAUGACCUCACUCACAAAUUCAAAGGCUUCACAGUAAUGAAUGAAACAGAAAGAUAUGAGGCCCUCAGGCACUGUCGUUAUGUAGAUGAAGUCAUCAGAGACGCUCCAUGGACACUCACACCAGAGUUCCUAGAAAAACACAAGAUUGAUUUUGUGGCCCAUGAUGACAUUCCAUAUUCCUCUGCUGGUUCUGAUGAUGUUUACAAGCACAUAAAGGAAGCAGGAAUGUUUGUCCCAACUCAGAGAACAGAAGGCAUCUCAACAUCAGACAUCAUCACUAGAAUUGUCCGUGACUAUGAUGUUUAUGCCCGACGUAACCUCCAAAGAGGGUACACAGCCAAAGAGCUGAAUGUUAGUUUUAUAAAUGAGAAGAAGUACCGCUUCCAGAACCAAGUAGACAAAAUGAAGGAGAAAGUCAAGAAUGUAGAGGAAAAAUCAAAGGAGUUUGUUUAUAAGGUGGAAGAAAAGAGCCAUGAUUUAAUUCAGAAGUGGGAAGAGAAGUCUCGAGAGUUUAUUGGCAACUUCCUAGAACUCUUUGGACCCGAUGGAGCUUGGAAACAGAUGUUCCAAGAACGCAGUGGACGGAUGCUACAGGCAUUAUCACCAAGGCAGAGCCCGACAAACAGCCCAACGAGGGGUCGGUCUCCUUCCCGUUCUCCCUCUCCCACUUUCCCUUGGCUCCCAAACAAAACCUCUCCUCCUUCGUCACCUAAAGCAGCCUCAGCCUCCAUCAGCAGCAUGAGUGAGGGGGAUGAGGAUGAAAAGUAA